UAUUUAAGACACAGUCAUCAAUKUCGCAUUCAGUUUGGCUGAAAUUGUAGAGAAUGGCGCACCGUUUGAUAUUCUUGUCCAUUUUGUGUGGUCAUCUUAUAUAUUUGGGGAAUUGUUCAGCACCUAUUCAAAGUAGCGCCAAUGUCGCGCCAUUUCUUACCUAUCUUUGUGACGAUGAUUUAUUGAAGAGCGCGGUCAAUAAGGUAGAGCAUUUGAGCUUGAAAUUAGAGAAUUAUAAUCUGCGUAUGCAAAGUGAAUUAAUGGCAAUGAAGGAGCAGCUUCUUCGUGAAGUAAAAACGAAUCUCGAAUUGUUAGAUUCGAAAAUUGCAACGAAGUGCUUUAGUAAUGAAGCCAGCAAAAAUGUGGUUGCAGCGCCCCCUGCAACUAAGAAACCAUCUUCUUGUACCGAAGCCAUGCGUCAAGAAAACGGGAAAUAUGCAGAGAGUGGUAUUUAUGAACUUUAUUUGCCGGAAUUCCUUCAUCACGCUUUCUAUGUUUAUUGCCUACGUGAUCCCAAUGGCGGCGAACCAUGGACUAUAAUUCAACGUCGUCAAAGUAACGACACCGACUUCUAUCGUGGGUGGUUCGAGUAUGAACACGGUUUCGGCGAUUUGAAUGCUAAUUUUUUCCUCGGCUUGGAUAAAAUACAUGCUCUGACGAAUUCGCGAUCUCAUGAGCUGUGGUUUCAAUUAGAAGAUUUUCAAAAUGAGAAACGUGUUGCUAAGUACGAAAGUUUCGCUAUAGGCAAUGCUCAGGAUAAGUAUGAGUUAAGUGUGCUGGGGCAAUAUUCAGGCACGGCCGGUGACUCGUUCACUACUCACCGCGGCGAAAAGUUCACAACUAAAGAUAGCGAUAAUGACAAAGAUGCUAGCAACUGCGCGGUGCAAUAUACAGGAGCUUGGUGGUAUCAGAAAUGUCAUGCCAGCAAUCUUAACGGUUUAUAUUUUGGAGGAGAGUUUCCGAAGGAUCAGUUUGCCAAAGGUGUUGUGUGGCAAGCUUGGCGUGGAUAUUAUUACUCACUCAAAUAUGUACAUAUGGCUAUAAGACCAAAGUAUUAUUAUUGAAAUAUUUUUUUUUAGUAAAUUAAACUUAAAAAUAUACUGGAUUUUAUGUUUUUGGAGUGCAAGUAUUUCGAAA